GCGCGACGUGACCGGACUGGGACUCGCGAGCCCGUCCCCGGCCACGCCGGGUCGGGGUUUGCUUUUGGGGGUGCGGACAGAGACCGGCCGGGGUGGGGCAGCCCGAGCCGGAGCAUGCGGGGAGCUGCGCGGGCGGCCCGGGGGCGCGCGGGGCAGCUGUGGCCGCGGCCCCCCGCCCCCGCCCCGGCCCAGCCGCCGCUGCUGCUGCUGCUGGUUGUGCUGCUGGGCGGCGCGGGUGCACAGUACUCGAGCGACCUGUGCAGCUGGAAGGGAAGUGGGCUGACGCACGAGGCACACAGGAAGGAAGUGGAGCAGGUGUACCUGCGCUGCUCCGCAGGCACCGUGGAGUGGAUGUACCCAACUGGGGCGCUCAUCGUCAACCUCCGGCCCAACAUCUUUGUACCCACCAAGCACCUGACUGUGUGCAUCAAGCCGGCCCCAGGCUCCUCGGGGGCCAACGUAUACCUGGAGAAGACGGGUGUGCUGCGGCUGCUGGUGCGAGACGGUGAGCAUGGCCCCCGCCGGGUGCGCUGCUUUGGCCUGGACCAGGGCAGCCUCUUCGUGGAGGCCUCGCCCCAGCAGGACAUCAGCCGCAGGACCACGGGCUUCCAGUAUGAGCUGGUGCACCGGCGCUCGGGUUCUGACCUGCUUUCGCUCUCCUCCCCGUGCAGCCCCUGCAGCGACACCGAGGUCCUCCUGGCCGUCUGCACGAGUGACUUUGUCGUCCGCGGCUCCAUCCAGGACGUCACCAAUGAGCCGGAGCAGCAGGAGUCGGCCAUCCACCUGAAUGUGAGCAGCCUCUACCGGCAGAAGAGCAAGGUCUUUCAGCCUGAUCCUGAGGGUGGUGGCCGCUGGCGGGGCCACAUCAAGACACUGCUCAAGUGUGGUGUGCGGCCUGGGCUUGGGGACUUCCUCUUCACUGGCCAGAUGCACUUUGGGGAGGCCUGGCUUGGCUGUGCCCCACGCUUCACGGACUUUCAGAGGAUGUACCGGGAUGCCAAGCAGAAGGGGCUGAACCCGUGUGAGAUUGGCACAGAGUGACUGCCACCCUGCUGCCCUGGCCAACAGCGCACCACCGCUGGCCAUGGAGGAUGCUCAAGUCCCGGGGCAGCUGCUCACUGAGGACACCUUUGGGGACGCUUAGCUGGGACACCUUCAGGGAUGCCUUUAGGGACUCCCAGCGGGGACUCCCGUCAGGAACGCCUGUGGGGACGCCCAGCAGGAAUGCCUGCAAGGACACUCAGUGUGAACACCCAGUGGGGAUGCCUGUGGGAACUCCCAGUGGGGAUACCCACCAGGGACAUCUACGGGGACACCCAGUGUGGAUGUCUGUGAGGACACCCAGUGGGGAUACCCACCAGGGACAUCUACGGGGACACCCAGUGUGGAUGCCUGUGAGGACACCCAGUGGGGCUCCCUGUGGGAACUCCCAGCGGGGACACCUACCAGGGACACCCAGUGGGGGCACCCAGUGUGGAUGCCUCUGGGGACACCUAGUGGGGAUGCCUGCAGGGUCUCCCAGUGGGGACACCCAGUGUGGAUGCCUGCAGGGAAAUCCCAGGGGGGCAGAGGCCAGGCCCCAGCACCCGCACUGUGGAAGUACUCGCUGUGUCCGACUUCAUGCUCUCCGGCUGAGGAUGCCUUGACCGACUGGAAGUACUGUAAAUGCCAACUAAGUUAUUAUAUUUUUCAGGACGUGCACAUAGGAAGUACACUCCAUGUCUUAAAACUGCCUGCUGUACCAUUGCAGACUGCAUUAAAACCUCGGGGUGCAGUAUCCGGCCUGGCAUGCUCAGGGGAUGUGCCCUAGGUGGCCGGCCGCAGCAGACCGCCCAUAUGAGGCCUGUGAAAAGCCCAGGGUUCCACUCGAGGUUGUUUCUGUGACAGAAACGUACAGAGCCAAAUACGUAUUUUUUCUUGUCGGUUUUGUGUUUUAAAGAAUGUUCUUUGCUGGCUGUGGUCACUUGGGCUGGCGGUCACGUCCAUUCCAGAGAAAUAAAGACCCUGACCUGA